AUGUUCUCUGUCUGGAAACACGGUCUUUCAAAGACUACAACAUUAUUAGGAAAUUCACUUCCUUCAAAUUCUGUUGCUAUUACCUCUCACUUGACUUCCAAUCACAUCCUCUUCAAUGCUGCUGCUUCAUCAACAAUUAGCAGAUCCAAAAAGGAUGUUGCCGGUGGUAGAAAGAAGGAUUUAGUAAAGAGAAAUCAACAAAAGGAACACCAAAAGAGAAUGGACCAAAAGAAGGCUGCUCUCGAACAAAGAAAUAAGGAAAAGUUAGCCAUGAAGAGAGCUUCUAAAGAUUCAGAACUCGAUAAACCAAAACCACCAUCUAUUGAAAAACUCUACCCAAAGAAGAAAGUUACAGGAAAAUAUAUCGCUGAAUUGGCUAAAACACCAUCUUUGGCUGAAUUUGUGAACACUAGCAAGAAUAUUGAUGUUUCCAAGCUCUCUGAACAAACCGGAUAUUUUGGAUUGAAACAUUUCAAGGAUGCUUCAUCAAUGAGAGAUUCAUUGGUUCUUGCUAAAGGAAGAGUUGAUGAUUUGGUUAGUAGUAUAGAAAAGGGAGAAGAUGUCUCUAGAAAUACUCUCGAAUUAACUAAUUUGCGAUUCUCUUACUUGUCGUCAUUGAAGGCUUUUAUUCAAUUGCAUCCAUUUGAAGACCUUGCUGUUGCCGCUCAAGAAAUCCAUGAUAACUUUUCACAAUUCUUUGCUCAACGUGCUCUCACAAAUGAAAAGUUCGGAAAGGCCACACAAUCACUCGUUUUGGAUACUCCACUCGCUAAUGAAGUUAGAAAUAUUUAUGGUGUGGAAUCUAGCCGUGAAAAAUUCACUGAAGCUAAGGAAGAUUUUGAAAAGAGAGUUAAAGAAUUGAACGAUUAUAUUCAAACUCAUGUUAAUACUAAGGUUAGAGGAUCUAUGAGAAUUUAUGAACUUCCAGAAGCUCACAGCAAGUCUUUAAAGAUGGAAGUUCAAAAGAAGAAGAAGUUUAUUCUUCUCAACUUGGAAAAGGAUUUGGAAGCUAUUCUUACAAAUGUUUCUGAAGAAAGUCUCAGAACCGAUUUGUUUGAUGAAGCUACCAAGAAAUUCUUUACUGGUUCAGCUGAUAAUGAAUUCAACUCAAAGGUUGCUUCCGCUAUUGAUGCUUCCAAUGCUUUUGCCAAGACUCUUGGAUAUCAAUCAUUUGUUGAAAUGAAGAUUGCUACUGUCAACAUGUCCAAUAAUAACGUACCAAAGGUUGAUGACUUUGUUAAAGUUAUUGGUCAAUUGAAGGAACAAAUCGAUAUCAAGAAGGAAGUUGAAAAAUUGUCUGAAUUGAAGAUUACCAGAAUGACUGAUCCAGUUCUUAAGAGAUGUUUCUACAACAAGUCAAAGCAAACUGCUGAAGAUUUGAAGCUUUUCACUCCAGGUUUUGAUAUUAUGCAAUUGUCAAAUCUCCACUAUAACCGUGUUAGAGUUAAUUACUUGCCAUCUGAUAUUCAAAACUACAUGUCAUUGAGCUCUGUUUUGGACGGUUUAACAAAGACUGUUGCUUCUCAAGCUUUCGGUGUUGAGGUAGUUCCAGAAAAGUUGGCUCCAUCUGAAACCUGGUCACCACUCAAUAUCAAGAAACUCAACGUUGUUUCAAAUGGUAAGGUUGUUGGUCACAUUUAUCUCGAUCUCUUUGAAAGAGAAAAGACUCAACAUUUUGAUGCUUAUGCCUCUGAUAAGGCUAAGCUCCAUCCAAUUUCUGGAGAAAACGGCUUGAAGAGUGCUGUUAUUCAAAUGAACUUGGGAGAUCACAUCUACAGUGUUUCAAACACACUCAAUCUCAAACAAUUCAAGAGUUUGUCUGGUGCUUUUGGUCAAGCUCUCUUCCACAUUCUCAGCCAAAGUUCAUCUGCUGUCUCUGAAACUAAUCUCUUGUCCAAGGUUGUUCGUAAAGUUUUUGAAAGAUUACCACAAAAUACCGAAUUCCUCUUGGCAAAUCUUUCACACAGAGGUUCAAAACAACCAAUACCUGAAGAAUAUGCCAGACAACUUUCUACAACUCCAACACAAUAUCCAUUAGAAUUAGUUCAACAAAUGGUUUACUCUCUGUUCGAAUUGGAAGUUUUCAAACCAAUCGAUGCUUCUCAAAGUACACCAAUCGAAAUUCUCUCCUCCAUUGAGUCACGUUUUUGCAAGCCAUACACACAAUUGAUUCCAAACAUUUCCUUCUUCUCUAAGAGAUUGUUCAACCUUGAAAGCCAACCAUACUAUUCUGAACUCUAUACUGAAAUUGUUGCUGCCCACAUCUUUGCCUCAGGAUUGUCAGGAAGUGACAUGUCUAAAUUCUCAUCAUCUUUGAAGUCUGUCUUGUCAACUGAAGCAGCUACUAAGCCACUCGAAUCUAUCACCAAAUUACUUGGAGCUGAUAGACCAGAUGCUACUUUCUUUGCUAAGGAAAUUCAAUAAAUAUUUAAAAUAAAGGUUAUUUUUGU